AUGGCGAUGAACAGGAUCCGGGGGGCUUUUGCCGUGCCUCGGAAAGGAGAAACGUUUGAAUUACGAGCUGGUCUUGUAUCCCAGUAUGCGUAUGAACGAAAGGAAGCGAUUCAGAAGACCAUCAUGGCCAUGACUCUCGGGAAAGAUGUUUCGGCUCUUUUCCCUGACGUUUUGAAGAACAUUGCCACGAAUGAUCUCGAGCAGAAAAAGCUUGUUUAUUUGUACCUUAUGAACUAUGCAAAAUCUCAUCCGGACCUCUGUAUUCUGGCCGUGAACACUUUCGUCCAAGAUUCCGAAGACCCAAACCCACUUAUCAGAGCCUUAGCGAUUCGGACAAUGGGAUGCAUUAGGGUGGAUAAGAUGGUCGACUACAUGGAGGAACCGCUACGGAAGACGCUCCGAGACGAGUCGCCGUACGUGCGCAAGACCGCGGCCAUUUGUGUGGCAAAGCUAUUCGAUCUUAAUGCCUCGAUGUGCCUGGAGAACGGCUUCCUCGAGAUGCUGCAGGAAAUGAUCGGUGACCCUAAUCCGAUGGUGGUCGCAAACUCGGUUACAGCACUCUCGGAGAUAUACCACGCUGCACCAGAGACCAAGGCCCUUCAAGUUACGUCGAACACGUUACGGAAGUUGCUGAUGGCACUCAAUGAAUGUACCGAAUGGGGACGAGUCACUAUUCUCACUACUUUGUCCGAAUACAAGGCCGCUGAGGUGGCGGACUCGGAGCAUAUCUGUGAACGCGUUGCACCACAGUUCCAGCACGCUAACCCAAGUGUAGUACUGGCUGCUGUUAAGGUCGUGUUCUUGCACAUGAGGAAUGUUAACCACGAACUGUCUAAGAACUACCUAAAGAAGAUGGCGCCUCCGUUGGUGACACUGGUGUCAUCUGCACCCGAGGUGCAAUAUGUUGCCUUGAGAAACAUUGACCUCCUGCUUCAGAAACAGCCCGAUAUUCUCCAGAAGGAGCUUCGUGUUUUCUUCUGCAAAUACAACGACCCUCCAUACGUCAAGUUCCAAAAGCUCGAGAUUAUGGUUCGCAUAGCUAAUGACCGCAACGUCGACCAACUUCUGGCGGAACUCAGGGAGUAUGCCCUGGAAGUUGAUAUGGAUUUCGUCCGGCGCGCCGUCAAGGCCAUUGGCCAGGUUGCUAUCAAGAUCGAGAGUGCCAGCGAGAAAUGCGUCAACACGCUGUUGGAUCUUAUCAAUACCAAGGUGAAUUAUGUUGUGCAGGAGGCUAUUGUGGUCAUUAAGGACAUUUUCCGGAAAUACCCUGGAUACGAAGGCAUCAUUCCUACACUCUGCAAAUGCAUUGACGAAUUAGAUGAACCAAAUGCUCGAGCUGCACUCAUCUGGAUUGUUGGUGAAUACGCGGAGAAGAUUAGCAAUGCGGGUGAUAUCCUGGGCGGAUUUGUGGAUGGAUUCAAUGAAGAAUUCUCACAGACCCAAUUGCAAAUCUUGACCUCGGUUGUCAAGCUCUUCCUGAAGCGGCCCGACAAGGCCCAAGGACUCGUGCAGCGGGUUCUCCAAGCCGCCACGGCAGAGAACGACAACCCUGAUGUUCGUGAUCGUGCGUAUGUGUACUGGCGUCUUCUGUCCAACACUACCGACUCUGGCGCCCCCAAGAAUAUUGUCCUUUCUGAGAAGCCCCCGAUCUCGACUACCGUCCAAUCGUUACCUCCCACCCUUCUCGAGCAACUCCUCAACGAACUUUCCACGCUGGCAUCUGUCUACCACAAGCCACCAGAGCAAUUCGUUGGCCAAGGCAGAUUUGGUGCCGAUGCUGUCCAGCGUGCUGCCAUUGAGGAACAAAUCCAAAACGCACGCGAAAAUCCCUUGGCAGCAGCCGCAGCCGCAGCAGCAGUCACAGGUACUACGCCCCCGCCGCAAGCCCAAAACAAUGUCGAAAACCUACUCGAUAUCGACUUCGACGGCGGGGCGCCCGCAUCUGCACAGAAGGAGCCAGAGAACGGCUUGUCUGGCCUCGAAGGGUUAUCCGGCACGCCCGUUCGGGCUCAGUCGCCAGCAACCCCUGCUGCCGCUCCCAGCAACAACCUGGACGAUCUCCUUGGGGUGUUUGGAGACGGGGGAGCUCCCGCAUCAUCGAAAAGUGCGGGUCCAUCAACUGCGGCGCCUAGUGGAGGUGCCGGUGCAGACUUAUUGAACGGACUCGAUGGACUUGAUAUUGGUGGCAACUCUACGACUUCGCCGCCACCGGCGACAUCAGGGGGCCAGCAGAAGAAGACCAACGAGGAUAUCUUGUCGCUUUUUUAG